AUGGAAAGUGUCUUGUCUUUCAAUGAAAAGAUUCCGGAGAUUGCCAUGAAAAUGGAAGAAGUUUCCUGCAGUGUUGUUUUACCAAAUUUUGAUAUUGCUCAGGAAGGGGGAGAUGUUCCGAAGCAAGAAGUAGACGAUGUAAUGCCAAGUGACGUUGAAGCUGGAUAUUUUCAAUUGUCAAAUGAUUUCUGUAGCAUGGGUGAAGAUUACUUUUCAGGUAUUGAAUUUGCUCAAAGUAUUACCAAUUUGGAUUAUGGUUUGAGUGAAGGCUUGCAUAUCUCAUUGUCAGAAAGUCCGAUUCCGGGGUCGAGUUCUGAUGCUAACACUCCUUGGAAUUCAGAUAUAUUAGCAAUAACUGAUGUGCCAGAAUGCCAGAAUGACCAGGUUAACUUGCAGAAUUCUGAAUUAAGUGACAUUUGUAUCCACCAAGAGAGUGAAACAUCUGUUGAGAAGAAGCCUUUGAAAUUUCCUACGUCAUCUACUACACAAAAUAUUAGUGAGUCUCAAAAUAUACGGAGCCAUUCUCCACAAGGUAUAUCAUCUGAUGAUGAUGGUGGAAGUCUUUUCCCUUCUGAUUUUACAUCUGGGGAGUUGUUCUGCAGUUCAAAGAUUCGGAAAAACAAGGAAUUUGGGCUGAUGUGUCAAACUAUUGAGAGUAACGGCUUUAACGACCAGAAUGAAUUGGCAAAGAUCUCAAAACCGGCCAACAAGGUUGCCCUUACUAUGCAAAAGAGAUCCCGUAAGCCUACACGGAGAUACAUUGAUGAAUUAUCAGAGCCUAUUUCUAGAUAUUCUAAGAAAAGACAAGAAGUUUCUACGUCUGCCCCUAGUGCUAAGUCUACAGUAGUUAAAAAUCACAAGAAAUGUCAUAUCGAAUCAAGAACGAGAAUUUCCCCUGAGGAGUCUUCUGUCAUUGCUAUUCAAGUGCCCUUUGGUUCUUUAGUGCAUAAAGAAUGUCAAAAGAGUCAUUCAUCGAAUAUGGUACUUAGUUCUGAUAAUGAGAAUUCAGUGAACGAGUCAGAAGAUAUCUGGGUAUCAGUGAGUCAUAAGAAAAGGUGUGGCUAUGUAAUUGCAGCUUGUGAAAAGAAAUACAAUGACUCAGUCACAACAGUGAAUCAAAAGAAAGGAGAUGACUGUGUCACAGCAAUGAGUCAGAAGAAAAGGGACGAUCGUGUCACAGCAGUAAGCCUGAGGAAAAGGGAAGAUCAUGUUACACCAAUGAGUCAAAAGAAAUGUGAUGAUUGUGUCACGGAAGUGAGUCAUAAGAAAAGGGACAAUCAUGUUUCAGCAGUGAGUCAAAAGAAGAGGGAUGAUUGUGACUCAGCAGCUAGCCAAAAGAAAAGGGAAGAUCGUGUUACAGCAGUGAGACAACCUGAAGUUAGCAGUCGGAGGAAGCAUCAUAGAUUGUGGACUAUAUCAGAGGUUAGGAAAUUGAUUGAUGGGGUUUCCCAAUAUGGGGUUGGAAGAUGGAGUUGUAUAAAGAAGCUUUUGUUCUCAACUUCUCCCCAUCGUACUUCUGUUGAUCUUAAGAGUUCCUUGACGUUCCCAUCUAACUCCCUGAAUUUCACUAUCAUCUCGCCUACGAGGCGACUACAAGUACUGCAAGCAAGUGAGACGCCUGGUUGCUGCAAACUCGAGAUUAGUGGUGUGAUGGUUCUUGAUCUGAGAGCGGCAUUGAGCGGAAUUUUUGUGUUUUUCGGUGAGGAAAGGGGUUGCAGCGGCGUUCUGGUUUUGGAUAUGAUCAGAGGGGAGAAGAAACGGAAUCUGGCUUGGCGCCCUUUGCCAAAGCCUAUACUACGCCGCGUUUGUGAACUGGCCACCAUUUAUCCUUAUCCAAAUGGUCGUAAACCACCCAAGAUUAUUCACCAUGUUCCCCCUGACAGAAAUACAGAUAUAACAUUGAGCGACUACAGAAGAAUUCUUCGAAGCAUAAAUGGCAACUGA